UCAGUCUGUGGCCGAGGAAUCCAAGGCAGCGUUUAAUUGCAGAGUGCAAAGGCUUUAGCUGGGCUAAUGAGCUCAGCACUGCAGCUGGGACUCCUUCACGCACUCUCUGAGACACCGAAACCCAUAUGGAGUCCUUUACCGGAGGAGCCUCACAAGACGGCUGGAUUUUAGGUGGAGGGGAGAGAAGGACUUCAUAAAUUCAGGUACAGCCGACUAUGUGAGAGAAUAUACCAGAGGCAAGAGACAGAGUAAGAGGUGGAGAGAGAGAGGAGUGCGGGAGAGGGGAGGGGAGGAAACGGGAAAUACACAGCCAGAGAGAGAGAGAGAGAGAGAGAGAGAGAGAGAGACUAGAAGCCUGGAGCAGCAAAUGAGACAGAACAACGAGGCGGGAGAGGUAGAAAGAGAGAGGGAGGGAGGUGGAGAGGGGCCCCGUGUAGGAGAGAGGGCUACAGGGUGAGGAAGAAGAAAGAGUAGAGAAAAAGUUAGGAGAAGUAGGGGAAAGAGGGUCCAGAGGAAAGAAAAGAACAGGAACAGAGAUUAACAACUACAGGAGAGAAGAAGAAGGGAAACAACAGACAGGAAGGAAGGGGAGGGAGACUUCUUGAGUAGAGAAGAGAAAAAAAAGAGCUGAAGAAAAGUUUUCUUGUGGGAAGAAGCAGAUGAGGAAAACAGAGCGAGUGAAUGACUGGGCUAGUGAGAGAGAGACCAGGGACAGGAGGGGAACCAAUUGUUUUCUAAGGCGUUUUCCACACAAGCCUCUGGACUUCUUUGGACAUGUACACAGGAGGCGCACAAACUACGGGACACCACCGAUUUCUUCAGCACAUCAACACUCCCUGCCCCUGCCAGCACUGCGUCCACUAUGAGCAGCAAGCGUACAGCCAUCACGGUGGGCCGGGAUACCAUCCAGCAUCAGCCAGACAGACAGACCACCCAUCUCUGGACUGCAGGAGAGACAUCCAGGCUCCUCGGGUUAAAGACGUAGGAGGGAGAGCUUUCGUAGUGGACAGAGCUGAGCGAAGCGGUCAUCGCAGCCCACAGAGGAGGCCUGUGUUCGCAGGGCCAGGCCCUUACAACCAUUCAGAUGACUUGAGCCAAGUUUGCCCCUGGGAGUUGAACCCUACCCAGUGGAGCUACCCACUGGAGCCUGGGGUGAGACACUACCCGUCUGUCAGGGAACAGUGUGGCUGUGUGGUGCGCAGCGACACCAGGGCACACCCCUUUAACACCGGAAUACCACAUCCUCUCCCCCAUCUUCAGGUCAAAGGUCAAGGGUACAGGACCAGGAGGACUGUCAGGUAUGUCUCUGUGGACGAGGGGGAGGAAAGUUGUGAAUGCACCUCUGAGAACUAUCAUUUGGAGCCACGCAAUCCCCAUCUAGAUCACUCACACAUGCCAAAUGGCCACUGUAGACCGAGGCCUGUGUUCUUAGAGGGAGGGGAGGAAAGAGAUAGCCAUCAGGACCGAGACAAACUGAAGGGUGGAUCAGAGGAGGGCUGUAACGGACGCGGUGGCUUUCACAAAUGUUUCUUCCCCACUGAAGUCCCACAAAAACACUUGAACCAAAGCAGACACAGGGGGCCCUGCACCCCUCCCUCUGGCAUCACCAGUCUAGAGCCCUCAAGCUUGACAACCAACAACGACCACCAGCGGCAGGGUUCGGAGGUGGUGAAGCAGAAGAGGAGGCAGGAUUUGGUGAGGGAUCAGAUCAGACAAGUGGUGACGGAUCUGGAGGAUGUGUUGGGAGGUCUGAAGCAAGUUCACGUGGAGAUGAAAGAGGUGGUCGAGCAGAUUGAUCGUCUCACAGCCAGUAUCGACCUCAGUGAGGAGGCGCCCUGUAUCACUCAGUUCAAUGACUUUCAUGGCUCAACUCACCCAGGUGACCUCAGGGUGGCCCUGCUGCCCAAUCACAAGCCUCCCCCUGUCCAGGUGUCGCAACACAUCAAUGAAGACCGCAUCAUCUUAAGAACUAACUCUCCCUCCCCAGUUCACAUGGCAUCAGUCGUCAAAACCAGCCUCUUUACACCAUCCAGCCUCAGUAAGGAGAUCAACCACGAAAAGCCAGGUGUAAACGGCCACCCGCCCCACCUGUAUCACUCCAACCAAACUCAUCCUAAGACCCACCCACAGAGCCUAGACCCUAAGGUCAUUAUUGGUAACAGCACCUCCAAUUCAAGAACUCAGAAGCCUCCUCUGUACCCUCAAAACGGACGGUGUGGGAAGGGCCCGUACCCACCUCCCAAGCCUGUGAGGACCCCUACCUACCCAGGGAGAGGCUGCCAGAGCACCAGCAUGGUGUGAAGGAGGGGGGUGGUUUGCCCCAGUGCCAUGGGGGGCUGAAACAUGAGACCCUGCUGCAGCGAGUGGAGGUCAGAGUGGGACCAGGCAGGGGAACAACUCAUGCAGUAGCUGAUGCCACUGAGACAAGCUGUCAGCCGGCGGAAACGGAGCACGGCCUGAAGGUGGGGAUAUUUCCAAAGGGAAAACUCCCCCAAGAGUCGACCCGCAGCUGUAUGUCACACGAGCACAGAAGCAUGGAGGAGUGGCAGUCAAACCUCUCUGAGAAUCUCUACUUUUGCUGUUACUGGUGAUGCAAUGGCAAAAAAAUAGACUAAACUACUCAACAACCACCAUUAGAAACAUAAAGGUAUCUUUUCAUGACAAUAUUAAUUUAUUUAUACUAUUUUUUUUUUUACUGCAAAGAUAUCUAUUUUCAGGCAGCUUACACCAGUUUGGAUACUACCUAACCUAAUGUAUGCUAUAUUAAAGAUUUAUAUAAUCUAAAACUAUUGUACAGACAUUUUACAAAUAAAGAGUUUUAUACUGUUUUUGUCAGUGCUACAUGGUUUUUAAGAGUGUUUAAGAAGAAUAAUCAGCACGGAGACAAAAGGCAAAGGCAGAGCUGAGAUUAAAUUUCAGUACAAAAAAAUUCUUCAGCACUUUUCUCAUAUAUCAAUCUGACGUCUCAAUUAUCUUACUCCAGAGAUGCAUUGACCGCUGAAUGUCCCACAUUUGAAUACGAAAUAAAAGAAAUGAUGCCAGCA